GGUUGCCUAAUGAUUGAAAUUCCACUUAGUUAGUGCACUUUGACAAUUCAUUAUGCACAUUUGGAUGUUCACCUCUUCUGCCAAUUAAUUUAUGCUGUUGAUGAAAACUUAUUGUGUUGUUAUUUUGGUGAUUGAUAUAAUUUGGGAUUUCAUACCUGCCAAGAGAAAUAACGAAGUUUCAGGCCUACCCUCCCCAGUUAUACCACCUUCGUUUACAUUCCAGAGUAGGACCACUAGGGUGUAGACAUGAGACCAAAUGACUAGACUUGUUUUCUCUACUCUGUCGAUAAGUAGGCUUGCAUGUCACAUAUGGGAUUCUCUGCUCAGUUGCCGAUAAGAUGUAAACUACAUUCGGUUCUGUUUUGGUGUUUGUCACGGGAGAAAACGACAUUCCUGAAAUAAUGCCAAGUUAUGAAAGUAACACGUUGAAUGGCAUGUUGCUUAUAUUUAUGGGUCAAUAACUUCCGUCAAUUUAGUAAAAAUAGUGCUAGUUUAGUUGAUGGUGUAAACUAAGCUUUGUAUAGGCUACGAAAACGUUUGUAUCCGACUAGUUGGUGUGGAACGAUGAAGAACCCCCAAGACCGAGGCCAGGUGUUAAAAAAGGGCGAGAAGUCUGCACAAUUAGCAAAAACAGGACCUUUGUGGGAAAGUGUCACCUUCCAGUUUACUACAAAUGCAGUGUUGAGUUUGAACAGAUAGUUUACAUUUUCCUACUCGACGAGUCUGUUCUUUCUUACAGAUACACUGUAACACCUGCAAGUCACAGUCAUUCAGUGGGCAGAAGAAUUCUUUACUCUUCUCAGGCAAGGCCGUUCAAAAUCAUCUCAAGUUGUGAUUCCCUGAACUUGAACACAUUAGUGUAGGCCAUUUUUGAGCGAGUAAGAGUGUAGUGGUGUGUUUGCUGUGUGACAUAUGGGUAAUGUGUCAAAUUAAAUUUUGACACACCAGUAGCAGAAAGCCAGACCCCUCUUUAGGAAAAAAAAAUACUGUGGGGCCAUUCAGAAAUGCUUUUUGAAACAAAUCUCUGACGUCAUCUAGCUCCCCCUAGUAACCCUUGGUGGCGUCUUCGAAGGUAUCGCUAGCUAAGAGCUAACCAGCACUAUCUGUGGCAUCAGUAUGGGUCUGCUGUCCAUUCUACGAAAAUUAAAAAGUGCCCCGGAGGAGGAGGUGCGCAUCCUGUUACUGGGGUUAGAUAACGGAGGCAAAACCACUCUCCUCAAACACCUGGCGUCUGAGGACAUUACCCACAUAACCCCAACACAGGGCUUCAACAUCAAGUGUGUGCAGUCCAAGGGCUUCAAGCUGAAUGUUUGGGACAUCGGUGGCCAGCGUAAAAUUAGGCCUUACUGGAGAAACUAUUUUGAGAAUACAGAUGUGCUGAUUUAUGUAAUAGACAGUGCAGACCGAAAAAGAUUUGAAGAAACAGGAGAGGAGCUGGCGGAGCUUCUUGAUGAAGAGAAGCUAAGCGGAGUCCCCGUCUUGAUCUUUGCCAACAAACAGGACCUGCUGACAGCUGCUCCUGCCUCUGACAUCGCCGAAGGCCUUAAUCUGCACACCAUCCGGGACCGCGUCUGGCAGAUCCAGGCCUGCUCAGCGUUCACUGGAGAAGGGGUGCAGGAUGGCAUGAACUGGGUUUGCAAGAACGUCACUGCCAAGAAGAAGUAGUGACAGACAGUUUCCUGCGUACCGUUCAAGGAAUGUUUUACACACACACACACACACACACACACACACACACACACACACACACACACACACACUAAACAAACAAUAGGAGAACUCUGUGAGGAUCUCCAUGUGAACAGCUGCAGCUGAUCCCAGCUGAUGGAAUAUGACCUGUGCUGGUGCAGCAGCUGUGGACGCCCAGGGAAGAGGAAGUCAGCAGCUGCCCGACCCCUCCUGCACCCCACCCCCUCUCUGCCCUUCACCCUGCUUGCACCCGCAACACCCCACCCCACCCCAUGCAUCUCUACCCCAACCCCAGAUGGGCAACUGGGAAUGUCAGAAAUACUUUUGCUUCAAAACCCCCGGCUAGCUCCUCAGUGUUGUCCCACACCCUGUUGUCUGUUUCAAUCGGAUGUCAGACUGAGCCUUUCUGUGCAGAGCGCUCUCUUUAGCUCUGUCUCUCUCCCUCCAUCUCUCUCUCAGUUUCGAUCACCACCUCUGACGCUUUAGAGCCGUCUCUGCCUUUUAUCUCUCAUUUUGAUAUUAUCGGCCUCAAACGCAGUGCUGUGGUUCUCAGUGUUACUGUGUACUCUUUUGAGUAUCAUAAAACUGCUGUGGAGUGGUGUGUCUAUUACGUGUGGGUAUGAUGACUUGAGUGUGUGUGUGGGACUGUAGCAACAUUGUCAUCGCCAUGCCCACAAGAACAAAGUGACAUUUCAGCACUUUCUGCAGACAUCAGCAUAUGAGUAUGUGUGUGUGUGUAGGGGGGAGCUCUGUUUAAUUUAUUUAGUUUGUUCAAAAACAUUGAAUUCCACUUUCAAUUUUGAAUAGUUUUUUUAUUUUAAGAAAUACAUGUAGAGAUUCCUCACACUCCCAUAGAGACACACUGGCAUACACUCCCAUAGAGACACACUGGCAUACACUCCCAUAGAGACACACUGGCAUACACUCCCAUAGAGACACACUGGCAUACACUCCCAUACAGACACACUGGCAUACACUCCCAUACAGACACACUGGCAUACACACCCAUACAGUGCAGCCCUGCAGGGCCAGCAUUCACCGCCACACUGCGCUUCAGCUGAGAUGAAGCCUCUGUUCGUGUCUGCAGCAGCCUUCAAGUCCCACCUCCCUCUCUCUCUCUCUCUCCCUCUCUCUCUUUCUCUCUCUCUCUCUUUCUCUCUUCCUCCCUCU